AUGAAAAAAGUUCCGGAGACGAAUGGUGAUGCCGAUUGUGGAACUGUGAAUAUACUUAAUGCCAAGAAACUAUACUUAGAAAUGCUUAAAAUGAUACAUUUCAUAUUGCUCUUCAGUCGACAAGGGAAAUUACGGCUGCAGAAAUGGUACACCACUCUUCCUGACAAAGAAAGGAAAAAGAUCACCCGAGAAAUUGUUCAGAUUAUUCUCUCUCGUAGCCACAGGACAAGCAGUUUUAUUGACUGGAAGGAGCUAAAACUUGUUUAUAAAAGGUAUGCUAGUUUAUAUUUUUGCUGUGCAGUAGAAAAUCAGGACAAUGAGCUCUUGACGCUAGAGAUUGUGCACCGUUACGUGGAGUUACUGGACAAAUACUUUGGAAAUGUCUGCGAGCUGGAUAUUAUCUUUAAUUUUGAAAAGGCUUAUUUUAUCCUUGAUGAGUUUAUAAUAGGUGGAGAAGUUCAGGAAACAUCCAAGAAAACUGCUGUCAAAGCCAUUGAAGACUCCGAUAUGUUACAAGAGACAAUGGAGGAAUACAUGAAUAAGCCUGCAUUUUAA